UGCGGAACAAAUAGUUCUCUCCCACCGAAAAUACUUCUAAAACCUCAUAUCAAGAUCAAUAUAUUGUAACCGCCACACCCAACGAAGCCAAGGAUAUUUUAUUCCCUGCAGCAUAUUAAGCUUACGGAAAUAGCCUAUUCCUCUUGUAACUCUUAUCGCGAUAACAAUAGUCUGUCUGGGCGAUUGAUGUGCUACCACCACACCUCACUGGUCAAACAUUAUCCGUCUUAAUACCAGUACACAGUUUGAAAUACUUUGAGUUCCGCGAGAAUUAAUCGUAAUUCUAUUGCCAUUUCGAACGGUUUGUUCGUCCUACGUGACAACAUAUCAGAAGAAUUUGAUGUCAACGGGGAACCGAGAAGACGACUCUGGACUUCUUGUAACGGUUAAACGGAUUCGAUCAUUUGUUGGUUGAGUCUUGGGAUUGCCAAGUUGAUAUCGAAAAUUUGUCGCGUUUGGUGAUUUGAUGGAUUUGACGGGGAUCGAUUUGGAGAAAAUCAGUCGCGUGCAGCACAACUCACCCCGCCUCGACCUCGACGAUUACUUGUGAAUUUGAUACAACAGCUUUCUGCGAUUCUGCUCUACUGCAUAGCGAGAAGUUAUAUUCCUGAAUGGGUCCAGGAAGGGUUUGUGCGAAGGCUAUACUGUGUUAGGGAAUACUCUUGUCCUCCAGACUGAUUGCCGAUACGGCGUUGGAAUUCGCAUUCUUAACAAUAUUUACAGUCACAUAAUACAGUAUCCGAAGCUAUAUACGGCCCUGAACUUUUAUUAAACUAUCUCCUGUUGUUUCGACCUAUCCUGUUCCAUCAAAUCGUUACUAAAGUCCUAGAAUGAUGAAUGAUCAGUGGGUAACUUCUGCUGAGGGCCCUUCCAAUCCUUCUGCCCCUCUCACACCAGGGGAUCGACCACUCAAGAGUCCUAGUCAUUUUCCACGGUCUCACUUCUACACCGAAGGCAGUGAUUCAGGGGAGGACUCGCAUAUGCUGGGAUUUAUGGGCCCUUCUUCUUCCGAAGAUAACUUCAAUAGUCAUGUUAUGGUUGAGGCAAGCGACGAAUCUGAGGGCGGAACUACUUCACAAAUGAACCUAGUGAGCGACCGACAAAAUAAUACAGAAGAAGAGAUAGCUGCAUUUGAAGGAACUAUGGAUGACCAGGCGACGCUCCGAAUGAGUCGUGGAAGUGAUGCUUCUAAUUCUAGCGAGGGAAGUUCAGUUAGCAGUGUUAGACGUAGACAAAACGCGAGUCUCGGAAAAGCCCCCAUGAGGGAAGACAGCUUAGGUUAUAGUGUUUCUACUGCUGGUUAUCAAGCAGACAUGUCAACUACUCUGGAUCGGGUUCCGAGCUCGUCUAGCUCUUCUCGACGAAAUACAACGUCAUCUAGGUUUGAUCGCAGACCUUCAAAUCAAUCUUCGUCAUCGAGGCGAACCUCAACUCAAUCUAAUAAGAGCAGAAGAGCAUCAUCUUCUCCAAAUUCUCUCGCGGAGCAGUCGCCAAGAAGCUCGGCUAAUCCUACGAAUUCACUUCCGGAUGAUGAUGCCACGCCAACUUUAUCUCGGUCCUCCUCAACUGUUGUACAAAGGCAGACGAGAGAGCGAGAAUCUGCACGGAGCGAAGUUGUAGUUCCUAGAUGGCAGCCGGACUCGGAGGUUGUUCAAUGUCCUAUUUGCAAUGCUUGGUUUAGUUGGCUAAACAGAAAGCAUCACUGUCGAAAAUGCGGCCGUGUAGUCUGCAACUCUUGUUCUCCGCACCGAAUUACAAUUCCCUAUCAAUACAUUGUGCAACCUCCAGACCAUCCGUCUCCAUACAAUUCUGUGGCCUAUAAUCGUCUCCAUGAUCCACAGGGCGAAGGACGUACAAAUACAUUAGAGUUUGGAGGAGGAGACAGAGUUCGUCUGUGUAACCCUUGUGUACCUGAUCCGAACGUAGCUCCACCUCAAACCAACCAAACAGGUUCCAACACAGAGCCUCGAUACAACAUUGGGCACCACGGCCGAACACGAAGUUCUAUCGUUCCCUCUACGACUAUUCCAGGGAGCCUACCAGUGGAGUCUCGAUUUCGACUUGCGGAUCAUCGUUCACAUACAAUUCGUGACCAAAGUACCUCUAAUAGAUAUUCACCAUCCGGGAUGAAUCCAACUCCUAGAACAGCGGAAGAGUUUCAGACCUGGUACAGAGAGCGAGCUGGUCUGAGCUCUGGACAAAGUGUACGUUCAAGAAGCUCGACUGUUGCUGGAACUGGGCGGGAUAUAACUGAAGAUAUGUUUACAUUCCUCAGAAAUGUGCGAGGCCCGUCUACUAGCGUUCAGACACCACCAAACGCUACUGUAUCAACAGCAGCUAGGCGAUAUGUCCCAUCAGCAGAAGAUUUGCGUACCCGUCCUUUACCACGACCGCCUCAAAUACAAGAGGAAGAUGAAUGUCCCAUCUGUCAUCAUGAACUCCCUUCUAGAGCUCUUGUUAAUUCCGAAACUCUUCGAUCCGAUCAUAUAAUGUCCUGUAUCGAUCGCGCCACAUCUAGAAUGUUCAUCGGUACUCCGACUUCAACACCUCCCCCACCAGUCUCGUCAACAACACGUCCGGCGCCACCUAUCACCCAAUCAUCUACUCAGUCAACCUCCUCCCGCGCUUCUGCUUCUUCUACAGUAGCCGCACCUCACCCUCUUACAUCAAACCCUUCAGCCGGCCCCUCUCAACCUCGACGCACAGGAGUAUUUCCAUAUAUUGCUACGGAGAAAGAUUGUCAAGACGAUGCGGAAUGUCAAAUCUGUUUGGAGGAAUACGAACCGGGAUUGGAAAUGGGAAGGUUGGAGUGCUUUUGUAGGUUUCAUUUGAGUUGUAUCAGAAAAUGGUUUGAGAAACAUCCAGGAAGAUGUCCGAUGCAUCAGCACGACGAAUAUGGAUAUUGAGAGAGAUGGCAAGUGUGGAUGUUUGAGAAAUAGCAAAAGCAAAAGUGUUGCGGAAGUGAGAUAUUAAGAUAUUAGGAUUUAAAAAGUUGUCCGAUACAAUGAUAUUAUGUCAGAUCAGAGAUGGGAUGUGGUCAAUGUUAGCCCAACAGCGAACAUUUUUUCCCACUCACACCACCCACAGAAAUCGAAGGAUAUACAUUCUCACGGCGUUGGGAUGCUGGAUAUAUCAUAAAUAUGGUAUUACCAUAUAGCAUGCACAUUCAUUGAUUCAUUCAUUACAUUGACGAAACGACUCUUUAUGGGACAUGGUGUUUAUAGAAGGUUGGGUCGGAUACGGAUACGGGUAUGGGUAUGGGUAUGGGUAUGGGUAUGGAUA